AUGUUACGAGCGAUACUCAUCUGCGCCCUGCCGAUCGCCGUGCUCGCGGUCGGCCGCACUUCCCACCGCAGACAAGCGCCCUUUUCUCGACAACCAGAAGCAGCGGAGAACUUCUGGGAUCAUCGUCUUGGUGCCUGGAAAGAUGACACGGUCGUGCAAUAUCCUGCGGUCGACUCGAAUCAUCAAGACUUUAUAAAACCAGGAAGACAGUAUUACCCUCCGCCUGGAUCUGGUUACCCAGCUCCAGGUUCUCCAGGUUCUCCAGGCUCUCCAGGCUCUCCAGGUUCUCCAGGUUCUCCAGGUGAACCUGGAGAAUCUGGUUCCCCAGGAUUUCCAGACUCCUCAGGCUCUCCUGAGGUAGGAAACGAGAUUCCUCGCCCAAUAACCCAACCAACAUCCACCGCUGCUCCAGUUUCACCUCCAGGCUGUCUCGCUCCCAGGGGACAGUUUCCCAGCCCCAACUCCUGCGCCAAUUACCUAAACUGCUGGGACGACGUGGUGAUAGAACAGCAGUGUCCCAACGGGCUCCUCUUCAACGAGCAAACCAGCUACUGCGACUUCGAGCACAACGUCAACUGCGGCAGUAGACCCGAACCGACUCCCAAACCCUCGUUGCCACCUGGAGCCAACCGCUGUCCAGACCCCAAUGGGCGUUACAGGAGCUCGACCAACUGCUCGGAAUUCUACGUCUGCGUCUCCGGAAGGCCGGUCAAGUUCAACUGCCCUGCUGGACUCGUCUAUAGUGACGAACUGGGGGUCUGCGACUACCCCUACAAGGUCGAUUGUCAAGGCGCAGCAACGCCUCAGCCUGCAUCACCAACUGAGGAGUCGAACGCGAUAGAAGGACAGACGGAAUCUUCGUCCAGUCCUGACGAAUCCUCAGGAUCGGAGUCAUCGAGUCCUUCGGAAGGAUCUGAGCCACCUAGUCCUCCACCAGGAUCUGAGCCUUCCGGUCCCUCACCAGGAUCUCAACCUUCUGCCCCCCCGCCAGGAUCUCAGCCUUCUGGUCCCCCACCAGGAUCUCAGCCUUCUGGUCCUCCAUCAGGAUCUCAACCUCCCAAUCCCCCGCCAGGAUCUCAACCUCCAGGUCCACCUUCGGGAUCUCAACCUCCAGGUCCACCUUCGGGAUCUCAGCCCUCUUACCCAGGAGCAGGAUCUCAGCCAUCCUAUCCUGGAGCAGGAUCUCAACCAUCGUACCCUGGAGCAGGAUCUCAACCCUCCUACCCUGGAGCAGGAUCCCAGCCAUCCUACCCUGGAGCGGGAUCCCAACCAUCCUAUCCUGCACCUCAACCCUCGUAUCCUGGAUCCCAGCCCUCGUAUCCUUCGGAAUAUUUCAGCAACCCUUGGUUACACUCGCAAUCCUGGAACAGACACGCGGCAAGGGUAGAGCCUGGAAAGAAGUCACAGAAUCAGCAGGAAUCUGACCAGGGCAGCUCUGUUGCCGACGCGAAUACGUGGAAUUACGUAAGAGCCGUCCGGGCUGAUCUUCUUAAGGUGCCUUGCGAAGAUGGAAAUGUACAGAUGUUAUCGGACUCCUGCAACAGCGUUUUUGUGUGCAGAAAUCAACGACCCCAACUGGUUCAGUGUCCGUCUGAUCUCAUGUACGACGUCCCCUCGGAUUCCUGCAAACUCGCCGCUCUGGCAAAAUGUUACCAGAAGAAAGGAACGUUUUUACAUUUUUUAAGAGUUCUAAAGAAUUUUAUGGAAGAUUCAACUGGGGUCGACCCCAGACUGGCUUGA